UGCUGUGUGUGAAUGCAUUAAGCACACUGCCUGGCACCCACACAUCAGACAACGGUGUGAUAAUCUUCUCUCUGGAAUACAAAGUCCAAGCUCGUACCAGUGCCGCCAUCUUGGCUACGUAGCGGAAGGGGCGGGACUACCAAACCUUCCCCAACUUGAAAUAAUGGCGGAUGAUGACCAAAUCGUUGCGGUGGAAAUUGGUGAACAACAAUGGCAUGAUGAGGACACGAGGUCCCUUAUUUUGUGGAGGACUGCAAACGCCGCCUUGUUCACAGGGAGACGCAAUGCAGCUGUAAAUGGAUAUGAGAUAUACAUUGCUAGUCGAGGCCUGGAGGGAAAGGUGACACCGGCCUUCUUAAAAAAGAAAUGGGAGAACCUGAAGCAUCAGUAUAAGGGGCAUAAGUACUCCAAAUCUGGGGUCAGCCUAGAUGGCGGUGAGACCCCUGCCGCAUCUUGGAAGUGGUACAAUCUGAUGGAUGAAGCAAUUGGGGGCAGGCUAUCGAUGACGCCGCCCGUCUUCAUCGCUUCAUCUUCCCAGGAUGAUGUGGCGGGCGAAUCGCCGUCUGUGCUGACCCCAGAACGGGAUGUAGCCACAGCAUCCAUCCCCAAAAGGCGCCGUGUGGAUCUUGGGGACAUGCUGAAGGAAACGAUGGAAAAAGACGAGAGGUUUGAACUGGAGCUGAGAGAGAUGGAAGCCAAGGCCAUAGAGAGAGAAGAGGCGAGGGCGAGGGAGGCAGCUGAGAGAGAGGAGAGGAGGCACCGUGAGGCUUUAGAGAGAGAGGAGACCAGGCACCGUGAGGCUAUGGAGAGGGAGGAGAGGAGGCACCGUGAGGCCGUAGAGAGGGAAGAACGAUUCUUCAGAGAGAUGAGGGAGCGAGACGAUAGGAGAGACACUGCUGCUCGGGAGGAGCGCUUCCUGGCAAUCCUUGAAGCAUUAAUCCAGAAAUAAAAUGAAAGUUGACGUCA